AAGCUUAGUUUCCCAGCGAACGUCGAACUGUGAGGUGGUCGUGGAUUGUCGUCGCGUGCUAACGGAGAGGUGUCCAAGCUCGAGUGUAUGUAUAACCGGCUCCUCCACACUCUCCCCAAAUCAAUGUACCGCGCACCUGGAUGACACACGUGCUCCAAACAGUAAAACAUAUACGAAUGAUGUUCUUAGGUCAUCGAAGUCCUAGGAUUGAAACUACGCGCCGAAGGUCGCUGCCGAUCGAACUGUAGCUGGGAUUUUGUGUGUGUCUACGAUUGUGGAAUGCAGUUUUCUGUCUAGUGCAGUUGAGUUCAAAGUUGGUGAAUGGAUUGGCGCGUUACUAUUUAUUUUUGUGUGUUAUAAAUCCGCAGCUUUCGAGUAUCGUGCCGUGAGCUGGUGAAAAAGUUGGCGUAAUCAGCGAACGUUGCUAGAAGGGAAAAAAUAAUUGCCACGUAAAAUAUUUUAUAUUAGUGAGAAGCGUUGCGGAGCGUGGCAAUCAAAAGAAGCAAUCAUUAAGUAACGUGCAGUUUUGUGUGUCCGAGUCUUUGUCAAUUUGAAGACACAACACCUGAGUAAAAGUGUUUUAAUUGUAAACUUCUGUUGCUCGACUACGUGUGUGUGGUGUUGAUCAUUUGGAAGGUGAAAAUGUGCCUCCUAAGCGUGUCGAAAAAAAUCUUGCUCAAAUUGAUCAAUAUGUGUUGCCAUUACUGCCGCUGUAGUGUCGGCGGUAUCGCGGAGUAAUCAUCAUUGGGAUGUACUUGUUUUCCUAUCGCGAGGGGAAUUCCAUUGAGCAGUUAAUAGAGUGGAGUGCUGGAAGUAAAGAAAACCGCUCAGCAGCCGCGAAAGCAAUUUUCUUAAAUAUUCAUACAACUUAAUAGACCUAAGCAGUGGCCUGAACAUCAGUAGGUGCAUUAAGAAGGAAGUGGCAGUUCAGAGAGAAUUCGGUUCUCUGUGAUUCAUUGUGGAAAGCAGAAAAUACGCAUACAAGAGAAGCGGGAAUAACUUGCGCAAAACCCCGUUCCGAAAUUGCCGGAAACAACGAUGGAUAGCGUUAUGAGUGAUUUGCUGCUCAAUCCGGAGGAGUGGCCCUCUAACCCGGAUGACUUCAUGGAUCUGUUCCAGCUGGAUACCAAUCUACUGUUCAACGAUAGUUCAUCGGGGGUUCCAAAUGGACCGGACGGCAUGAACGACAUCACGUCCAGCCUGAUCAAUAAUUUGCAGAAUGGCUUCAAUUAUGGCGAUGUGUGCGCUCCCACCAGCAAUAUUCCCAUCGAACAAGCCUUGAUGUCACCCAUUUCCUCCCUCGAAUCUGAUCAGGAAUUCCAUGGUUUUCCUAACAGCAGUGGAACCUCGCUGGAUGGCAGUGGAUACGAGGAUGACUUUAUCGCUGGCCACUCUACCGCCGAAGGGUCCUCACCAUCUUCAUUGUCGUCAUCCGGGAUCAAAAUGGAACUGGACGACGCAGCGAUGGAUGAGUUCUGUACGUUCGAACGGAACGUCCAGCAGCAAGCGAUCUCAUCGGCUGCCUCAGACAGUGGACUCUCGAGCGAUAAUUUGGAUUUUGAGCCCUCCGGAGACUAUGAAGCCCUCAGCCCAGCCCUCUCGUCCCCCGGACCAUCGAUAAGUGAACGCGGAGGACAAAACUCGCCUCCGCGUCAUGUUAAGCCAUCAAUUCCGCCCCCGCAAAUAAUCGUCCAAGAACAGCCACAAAUCAAAACGACUACACUCGCAGUCCCGACUGUUGCUACUCCGAAACCCGCCCAUCCCAAGGUGGGCAAAGUGUACCAUACCGUCAAAACCGUCCUGUCAAGCGGAAACAACAACAACAAUAAGGACUUACCACAACCCCAAACUCAAACCACUCACUUGGCCAACGGAAAGGAGGUAAAAAUCUAUCGCGUGGCUUCGGUUAAAAAUGGACAAACGGUUAACGUGGCCAAUGGCACGAAUGCUAACAAAAAAGUGACCCUCCAGUUGAAGAAUGGAAUGGCAACGGCGGUCACCGGUAAAACCAAUGGAACAGUUUUCAUCAAUAACAAAAAUGUGGUCCUAACCUCUGCUCCAGGCAAUGGUUCGACAGGAGUUCGCAAGAUCAUCCGCGUCCAGCAACAACAACAACAAAACGGACGCUCGAUUCUGGUGCCCGUUUCAAUCCAGGACUUACGCACGAUCAAGAUUGUCAACUCGGCCAACCUCAAGACAAAGUCGGCCAACAUCAAACUCGCCGCGGCUAAUCUGCUCCAGCAGUCCAAACAAGGCUUGAUUCAGAAAAAUGUUGUUCUCUCCAAGGAACAACUGAUGGUUGACGAUGGCGACACCACACAGAACUCCGAUAACGAGAGCUUCGUUUUCGAGGACAUUAUGCAGCAAAGCAACUCGGUGAUCGAGCAGGUCGAACGUCACCAUCAGAAACAGCGACACCAGCAACCGAUGGUAAGUGAAUCGGACGAUGAGAUGGAUGAUGAUUUGGAUGGCGAUGAUAGCAUGUGCAGUGUUGGAAAUGGCAUGAACGCAGCCGGUGGAUAUCAGAAGCUUAUUUUAACGGCCGAGGAAAAACGACUGCUAGAGAAGGAGGGGAUAUCACUGCCAUCUAGCUAUCCACUAACCAAGCAUGAGGAGCGUGAACUUAAACGAAUUCGGCGAAAGAUUCGUAAUAAGAUUUCUGCUCAGGAUUCACGCAAGCGGAAGAAGGAGUACGUAGAUGGGCUCGAGGAGAGAGUUAAACAAUGCACGGAGGAAAAUCAAACACUCCUGAAGCGUAUCAAAAUACUACAGAGCCAGAAUCACGAUCUGAUGAGCCAGAUGAAGAAAAUUCAAUCCUUGCUGACCAAGGGCACUGGCAAGACGACUCAACCGGCCACUUGUCUGAUGGUUUUGCUACUUAGCAUGGCACUGGUGGCGGUUCCCAACCUAAAACUUGGUGGCUCACAUCAGCAGCAGAACAUUCAGGAUUCCAUUGAGAUGGCUGAAUUGCUGCAGGAUGCGGCCCAGGAUAAAAUCCAGGUACAGACGCAGGUCCAAAAUCGCCGCUCGCUACUUUUCGACACCAAGGAACAGUUGGGUGACGCGUUAGUUGAUGAGGAGAUGAACUUCGAUGAGGUCAUGUCAUUCAACGUAAACUCAAUGAUCGCCAACGAGCACGAUUAUUCCACCGAGGAAGAACCCCCAAAGGUUAAGAGAGCUAAGAUGAGUUCCCUCGUGGAGUACGAUGUGGAUGACGAUAUUUGGAACGGCAGCAGCAAAAUGCGCAUCAAAAUGGAAAUCGAGGAAAAGCAGAACACACUAAUUAACCCGAAGGACAAGCAAUUUUCGAACGCGUUCAAUCAAAGUCCAGGAUUGAACAUUAAAACCGAACACAGCGAAGUAAUUGUUGAUCGCGAUUUGCUGGAAUCUAUGUCCAAAAAAGGAAUGGUCGAUUUAUACAAUAGUGUGAGUCUUGAUCAGCUCGAACGCAGUACCGAUGCGGUUUCAAAGUAUGGCCACAAUAUCGAACUACUAAACACGGGAAUUGUUGCAAACGCUGGGAGUGUGGAGGAGGUAAGUAAAAAACUAAAUGCCUCACAACAAAUCCAACAGCUAAAUAGCAAGAGAAAAUUACUUCUCUAAAAUGCUAUUGAUUCAUGUAAUGAAACGUUUCUUUAGGCUGUUAUUUCUAUGUGUACAUAAAUACCAUUUCUGUAGUAUUAGGUUAAAGCAGGCAAACCAUAGGGAAGAAAAUUAAGUUUCUCUAGAUUUUACACAUAGUGUAAUCAAUUUGAUUGAAUUGAUGCAUUUGGCUCUAAAUUGUUCAUAUAAAACGAUUAGCGAUUAGGUUUACGCGAAUGAAUAUGAAGAAUCACACAUUUAGUAUUGAAACGUACUGGUAUAAUUUUUAAAACUUUUCAUUGGCCUAUUUUUUCAUAGAAAAAGUAUCUGUUACAUUUUCAUUGUUACUUGUUUUCCAACGAUUUUAGUUCAUAUGUACACCACUUGUGCAAUUACGUUAUUUUCAUAGCGAUGUUCGUAGAUUUAUUAAAUUGUUCCACUUUCUGUAAGAUUCACAACUUAUUUUCCAUAUUUUCAUAAUAUUAUUCAGUAAGCAUGAGGGAUUUUUUUUUUGAUUUAGGGAAAAAAAUAUAAGCAGACUAAAUGAUUAUUAUACUAUCAUUAUUUUUUGCUAUAAUUUGGAAUCUACAGCUUCAGCUUCCGUUUUUCCUUAAAAAAUAUAUUUAAAGAGUAAUCGGAACUUUUUUGAUUAUUAACUUAUCAUAAUUCGCAAUGUUAGUCCAGAUUGAGUCUAAAUAGAUGAAGAAUAGAUGUAAUAAUUAUUCAUACACAC